CAUUGGGAGACAGUCCAACUCAAUUACCGCGAUCUCAGCGCGCUUCUUGCAUCACUUUCGGCUUGCCGUUGCGAGAGAUCGAUCGUGAGGAAUCAACCACCAUCCUUACCCCGCUACCCCGCCGACACUUUCACGACACCUCAACUGACUCCAACGCUCACAAUGGCGGGCGCACCACCCAAGCUGUUUAGCUUCUCAGACACCGAUUCUCUGGCGAAGCAACUCAGGACGUAUGUCUUGAACAACCAGAACGCUGCCAUUACGCGCCAUGGCAGCUUCAGGCUAGCUGUCUCGGGCGGCUCUCUACCGAACACCUUGGCCAAAGCCCUUCUGGCGCCCGGCAACGGUACUCCAGACGACACGCCCCAAUUUACCAAAUGGGAUAUAUUCUUUGCCGAUGAGCGCGUCGUGCCACUCGACCACCCGGACAGCAAUUAUCGUCUGAUUAAGGAUGAGCUGCUAGACAAGAUUCCUGCUGAGCUGGGACAGCCCAGAGUUCACACGAUCGACCCGGAGCAUGUCCGUGAUGAUGAUCCCCAGGAGGUUGCGGAUUUGUACCAGGAGGAACUGAUGCGAUCAUUCGCAGCCAAGGACAGUGUCAAGCUUCCCGUGUUCGAUCUCAUCCUCUUGGGCUGUGGUCCGGACGGCCACACUUGUUCCCUAUUCCCCGACCACGAACUUCUCCGUGAGAAGGACGCAUGGGUUGCAGCCAUCUCGAACUCUCCCAAGCCGCCGCCAAAGAGAAUUACUCUGACUCUUCCGGUCGUUACGCACGCGUUGUCCAUUGCAUUCGUCGCCACGGGCGGCGGCAAGAAGGAAAUCCUGAGGAGGAUAUUCGACACGGAAGAAGGACACAGUCUGCCAUCCGGUCUUGUUAACGUUGGUGCCGGAGACAGGGUGAACUGGUUCACCGACAAUGCUGCCGUAGAAGGCGUGUCCUUCCCACGACGAGGCAGUCUGUGACGGCUAUUCGGGAGCCCAGCUAUGCGUAUCGAGCCCACCGAUCUUGACGAAUGUUCCAUUACCAACAGUGACGUGUCUACAGACAAAAAGGGACCAGCUAUGUUAAGAGGGAGAGAGGGGAAAUCUCCGCUGUUUCAAUCAUGUCAACUUUUACGGUCUUAAGGAAAUCAAUACCAGCUGUCGUACCCAAUCGAAUUGCCAUACAGAUUCUUGCAAUCACAUUUCCUCAAUAGAUAAUGUAUACUUGUAGCAGGAGCAGGAGCAAAGGUUAGAUUCAUUGCGCUCAUAUUGAUCCCACCACAUAAGGCGACAAAUCACAAAGACGUAUAAAUAUAUAGUUUUACUCUAUUGUUUACGCCCC